AUGCAUCUUCGUAGCCCAUGGAGAGCCACGAUCCUACUAUACAUAGCUCUAUCCAUCGGCCUAUCAUCCGCCAUGCUGAUACCAAGCACCUCUCCCGACCUCCUCCCACCAACCCCCCACCUAAACACCACUGCCACAAAGCGACAAGCCUCGCCCAUCCCCUACGGCCUCAUAAUAACCCACUGCAACAUCCCCAACACAGUCGCCCUCACCUUCGACGACGGCCCCUUCACCUACACCAACCAAAUCCUCGAAACUCUCUCCAAACACAACGCCCGCGCAACCUUCUUCCUCAACGGCAUCAACAAAGGCAACAUAGACGUAUUCCAGGACGUCGUAAAACGCUCCCUCGCAGAAGGCCACCAGCUCGCCUCCCACACAUGGGGCCACCUCUCCCUCGACACCCUAAGCUACGCUGAAAUCAUUGCCCAGAUGACGACCCUCGAGGACGCCUUCAUGCGCAUCCUGGGCUUCUACCCCACCUACAUGCGCGCGCCUUACCUGAUGGUCACGGCCGAUGUCCUGGAUGCCAUGACGGCCCUGGAGUACCAUGUUAUUGGCGCCAGUAUCGAUACGAAGGACUAUGAGAACGAUCAUCCGGAUGAUAGCUGGCGCAGCUUUGAGAAGUUCCGCGCUGAGCUCGAUGCCGGUGGCACGAUUGUUUUGGCGCAUGAUACGCAUCAGACUACGGUUGAGAUCUUGGUAGAUAAUCUUUUGGCGGAGAUUGAGCUGCGCGGGCAUGAGACUGUUACGGUUGGCGAGUGUCUUGGGGAUCCACCGGAGUGGUGGUACCGUACGAGUCGGUAG